AUGUGCACGCUUAUAGGCCACGCUCACAUGUCCAACACCCAAGGGGAAUCAAUUAAGGGCACUUCGCCCUGCUACUCGCCUCUGAUUGACCGUCUCGUCGAGAGUUCACAGAUCUACUCUGCCGGUGCAGGCAUGGACAGUGAAAGGAAAGCUGCAGUAAGUGGAGCCAUUUUUGAGGCAGAACUGAACCACCUGGAGGAACAACAGCAGCCUGAUUAUCUGGUGCUUCUGCAAAUCGCAUCCUUUGGUAAGCAGGGCGCGGAAUUGGGCACCGAUGAGAGUGCUGUUUCUAUGCUCACGGCCAAAAUUUUCGACAUCCAUGCACAAUCGACAACGGGUCCAGAAUGGCAAAUGUACGUCAGACAGCCUCACUUCAGCUGCUAUUCUGAAGUAUCAAACAAAGGCGAGAAGUUGAUGGACAUUUCGUGUCAAGAAGAGGUGGAUAUUUCUGAAGAAUGCAUCAAUUUCACGGGCCUUAAAGUAACAGACCUUAGAGAUGCUCCUUCCCUUUUAGAAGCCUUGGAAUCCCUUGAUACAUGGCUAAGAAGUCAAGGUCUCUAUCAUGUUUGCAACGGUUCUGAAUCAUCAAAUGUGUCAAGGAAGUCCCACUUCGAGCUGGCUGUUGAUGGCGGAGUAGGAUUGCGAUUAGUUCUACACCCAACUCUCACUCAACCUAUGGACAAGACCUACGCAAGCUUUCCUUACCUUUGUCGAUUCAUUGAUCUGAAGAAGGUCUACAUGCUGCUUUAUCCGAAUACUCAAUCCCGCCUUACUCUCACAGAAAUGAUGCAAGGUAGGUUGUCAAUGCAAUUAAUGCAUCAUAAACUGUUUCUAACCGAAAUGAAAACUAUUUCCCACAAUUGCUUUGCUAAUUCCAUAGAUUUGAAUCUCUCUACUCCGGACUUUCUGUCCAGUAUCGCAUCCGAACAAGCCAUUUGGACUACUGCGGUUGUGAAUUCGCUGGUGAAUGGGAAUUCCUUGUUACAAAAUGAGAGGUCCCUGCAGUGCCAACAGCUGGGCUACUGGCCUCGUCUCUACUGUCGCACUAUGGCUAAACUUUGCGCAAAAAUGACUGCUGAUGGUAAGAUUCGGCAAAUUACUGCAAUUUUAGGGGCUGACUGGAAUGUGUAUGAGGGCAUAAACAUCCACUACCAACCAAAAUUUAUAAAGAGCACGGAAGUGGUGGUGGAAGACGUUGUGGUGCGAGCACGCGGCCUGCCAUGGCAGACGACAGACGCAGAGGUCCAGCACUUCUUUCGCGGUCUCAAUAUCGCACCCGGUGGCAUCGCGCUGGUCCUCAGUAAGGCUGGUCGACGCAACGGCGAGGCCGUGAUUCGCUUUACCAGCCGCGAACAGCGUGAUUUGGCGUUGAGAAAACACAAGCAUCACAUGAAUCAACGCUACAUCGAGAUUUACGCUGCUCAAUCGGCUGAAUUUGUUGCUGUUGCCCAAGGUGGAGUUAAUAGGGCUUUACUGGCUCAUAAGAAGGAGUUUACAACACCAUCGCAGUCAUUACUUCGAAUGAGAGGCCUGCCUUACAUUGUGUCUGCAGAAGAAAUCUGGAAUGCAGAGGAUGGAAAUGACGAUGAGUAUGAGGAUGAGCUUGGGGAAGGGAGUGAGACAGCAUUGUCCUCCCAUCAUAUCACAUCCAAAGUACAGUAUAAGGACUUCUCACCAUCAAUGUUUGUGAUGGCAUGGGAACGAGCGGACGAGUACGCAGGAAGAGAAGCUAUGGGAGAAGCCUCUGCAGCCAGAGCCAUGAAACCGGGUUAA